GCGGGGAUCCGGGCGCGGGAUCAGUCAGCACCGAGGCCCCGGCCUGAGGAGCGGCCCCCGGCUGCGGGGAGAAUCGGUGCGGAAACACAAAUACGUCUCGUCUCGCUGAUGUGUCAGAGACCAGACCUGGAACAACGGAUACAGUGGAUGAGGGUGGGGGAGGUUCAGGUGGAACAAGCAGAAGAUUUGUGUUGGGGAAUCUCAAACUCAACCCAUCAGAUCCGCAGUGUCGUUCAGUUCACCAGCACCUUGCGAGGGAUUCACUGAGCUGACGAGACGCCGGGGAGUUGACAGCAUGGAGACAUUAUCCACCAGCUCUGAGUGUGAGCAGGGGUCCACUCAAUCUCCCCACCUGGUGACCCACCAGCAAGAUCACGCUCUGGGGAAACCAUUUGUCUGUCCCGAUUGUGGGAAGGGAUUCACUCAAGCAGGCCACUUGACGAGGCACCAGAGAAUUCACACGGGGGAGAGGCCGUUCAGCUGCCCCGAAUGUGGGAAGGGAUUCACUCAAUCGCAUAUGUUAGUGAGACACCAGAGAAUUCACACCGGGGAGAAGCCGUUCACCUGCUCUGAGUGUGGGAAGGGAUUCGUUCAUUCCUUUGCGUUAGUGGCGCAUGAGAGAAUUCACACCGGGAAUAGGCCAUUCAUCUGCUCCGAGUGUGGGAAGGGAUUCAUUGACUCAUCUGCAUUGCAGACACACCAGAGAAUUCACAGCGGGGAGAGGCCGUUCACCUGCUCUGAGUGUGGGAAGGGGUUCACUCGUUCAUCUGCGUUACUGAGACACCGCAGAAUUCACACCGGGAAGAGGCCGUUCAUCUGCUCCGAGUGCGGGAAGGGGUUCAUUGACUCGUCUGCGUUGCAGGCACACCAGAGGAUCCACACUGGGGAGAGGCCGUACACCUGCUGUGAUUGUGGCAAGGGAUUCGCUCAUUUGACCAACAUGAUAACACAUCAGCGCAUUCACACCGGCGAGAAGCCCUUCAACUGUUCCGAGUGUGGGAAGCGAUUCACGCAUUCGUCUACGUUAAUGAGGCACCAGAGAGUUCACACCGGGGAGAGGCCGUUCAUCUGCUCCGGGUGUGGGAAGGGAUUCACGCAAUAUUCCCACCUGAUGACCCACCAGCGAGUUCACGCCGUGGAGAAACCAGUUGCCUCUCCCAACUGUGGGUAGAGUUUCACUGGUAAAUCUAACCUGGUGACCCAGCAGAGAAUUCACACUGGGGGAGAGGCCACUCACCUGUUUAAUGUGUGGGAAGGGAUUCACUUGAUUAUCUGAGCUGUUGACACCAGCUCGUACACGCUGGGUGGGGGCGCGGGCAUUUGAAGUGAGUUUUUGAUUCACUGUUUAACCAUCACGGUUGCUGAGUCCAGUUGCAAGUCCACAAGCGACUGCUGGUGUUGGACUGUGCGGGUACUGCUGAUGUUCAUCACACCCAGGACUGAACCUUGGUCGCUGGACACAGUUGGGGUUUGUUCCGAUGUUGUUACUAACCCCUGUAACUGGGCUGGAGUUUAAUAUCUUGGACAUGUGACAAAUAAAGAAGUUCUGUUGUAAAA